AAUAUAAGAAUUGUGUGAGAUGAGGGUCCAGCGUUUAAACUUUGAAAAUGACUAAAUUACUGACAUAACAACUAACAUUUGUCUAUAAAAAAAACGUUGAGCCAAGUUGUAUGUUCGGCUGGCCUGGCCGGGCGGCCGGGUGUCUAUCAAACAUUUUUCCCAUCUAGAAUUAUCAUCAUGCAUGGUGAUGACAACAUAACCCAAACCAAAAGCAAGAUCCAAAACCUGGCACAGCAUAUAUACUUGAACAAACACAACUUUGCAGCACACAGUUACACAUAGGCAAAUCUGAUGACUGCAACGAAUUGUCAAACUGCCACAUACCCUCUCUUGCAUGUUCAUAUCAAAUGCUAUGCAGCCACGCCACUCUCUCUCUUAAACUUUCAUUCACUCUCUCUCUCCUCAAGAACAUGAACCACCCUAUAUAACUCUCAUUCACCCCCUUAAUUUCUCUCUAUCUUUCAUCACUCUCCACUGAAUCUUUCACUAUAAAAUCCAAAAUGAGCAGUGGUGUUUGCUCAGAGCAGCUCCUCUCUCUCAAGAAAUCUCUGAGAGAUAUUGACAUCCCUCCGAGGAAGCUCCUCCCACGCCGUACCGGAGAUUUUUCACCCGCCGGAGACAUGUUUUCCGAUGAGACCCUCCUUCAGAAGUACCUCCCCCACAACGGUCCGCCGGACUCCGACGACGACGACCCGUACUCCUCCGACCACUUCCGCAUGUUCGAGUUCAAGGUCCGGCGGUGCACCCGCAGCCGCAGCCACGACUGGACGGAGUGCCCGUUUGCCCACCCUGGUGAAAAGGCCCGCCGCCGUGACCCCCGCCGGUUCCACUACUCCGGUGCUGUCUGCCCCGAGUACCGCCGCGCCGGUGCAUGCAGCCGCGGCGACGCCUGCGAAUUCUCCCACGGCGUUUUUGAGUGCUGGCUGCACCCGGCGAGGUACAGAACAGAGGCUUGCAAAGAUGGCAGGAACUGCAAGCGGAAGGUUUGCUUCUUUGCACAUUCACCUCGCCAACUCAGGGUUCUUCCCUCUGAUCUCAACAACAACGACAUGGGUUUUCACCAAAAAUCUAGUACCAAGUUGUUGAACAAGUGUUGUUCCUUUUGCCAUUGCUCCUCUGUUUCUUGUUCACCAACUUCAACUCUGUUUGGUGUGUCCCAUUUUUCUUCUUCUCCACCAAUGUCACCCUCUUCUUCUCCUUCUCCUUCACCUUCACGUUCCCUCUCAAGGUUUGUGGAUUUCAACCAUCAAAUGAGCUGCAAGGAGCUACUGUGCUCCUUGGAGGGUCUGAAUUUUGGGGACUCUGUUUCUUCUUCCCCUGUUUCUGCUUCUAAGCUGAAUUGGCUAGAUGUUUCACCAGGCAAUAGUUCUGGAAGGUUUUCCAGUGGGAAGAAGUAUUCAAUGGGGGAAGAGAACAAGGUUGGUGGUGGUGGUGGUGGUGUUAAUUGUGAUGAGGUCACAUCAGCCCCUGAUUUUGGGUGGGUGAAUGACUUGCUGAUGUAAAUGGUGCUCUGUUUCUCUCGACAAUGACGAUAAUGGUGGCGGUGAAGAUUAUGAUGAUGAUGAAGAAUUGAUGAUGAUAAUUGAAUAAGUGUAAAUACAGUGUGAGCAAAGGCAAAUAUGUCCUUUUGCUUAAUUUCUAUUGUUUUAAGUUCAUUGUUUUCUGAAUUUGCAAGUCUGUCUUCAAUUCUGUAAUUUAUAUAUCUGCCCAUAAUUAAUUAGAAUUGAUCUUGUA